GUUAGGGUUAGAUUUGGGUUUAGGGUUAGGGUUAGGUUAGGAUUAGGGUGCUAACAUGCGAUCGGUUUACAUCGGAUUUUAGAGAUGUGUUUACUUACAGGCUACAACCCUAACCACUAACCCUAUGGACGAGUUUCUAUACAAUAUGCAUUAUGUAUUCAGAGCCUCUGAACCUUUAUCAAACCUUAACAAGUUUUUAAAUCAUGUAAAAGAAGAAUAUCCACCGUAAUUCAUUACUUACUUACAAUAUAUUCUCACUUUAUACUAACUGUCUUCUGAUUGGCUAAUAAUUGUCAAGGUCACUUAAGAUUCGUUCAAAGGUCGUCCUUAAAUUAGAGUCUCGCCGAAUUUUGCAUUACACAAAAAUGUGUCUCUAGAUCCCAAAACUCAGUGGGUGUUUUUGUCGUCAAUUGAUAGUAACUCAGAAAUAACAAUAGCAAACGGAUACUGGGGUUUACAAGCACAGAAUGAUCCUAAACGUUCACUUAAAAAUUAUUUCGAAGCUAGAGUAGUACUUUUCUAAUACUCAGGAUUUCCUGGUUUGUUAUAUAUCGCUCUGGUUUUUUUUUAACUAUGCUGUACCUCAGCUAACAUAUUUAUACGACCUUGCACUUACAGAGACUUCUCAGUUAUUUUUAACAGAUGAUUAUCAAACGUAGAUCCAUCUAUAAAUCCCCCUUAGUUGUGUUCAUCGAUAGUUUGCACUAGAGUCUAGACCUUAAUUUUGUGCAGUAAAGGACGUGUUAGAUGUCUACAAAUAAUACAUUCCGUUACCAAAUCAGAGUAUCUUCUCUAAAGUGGAUUGGAAGUAAGUAGACAAAAUCGAGUGGUAUUUUCCACUCGGGGCCCAUUUUCGGACAUCAGUUUGGCUAAGUAUUGACUGGUCAUUAAGAAACGAAAAUACCUGUUGAGAAGUGACAUACAGAGCACGAUUUACAUGGGAUAUCUCGUUCAAUUUGUAUAUUUUUCAACCUAUUUUAGGACAGUUCCAUAAGACACCGAAAACAACCUACACUUUGAUUUUAUUGGUAAGCGUUUAGAACAAAGCUAGUGAACUUGGGUAAUAUAAUCCCGAUUUCAUGUUGAAAUUGUGUAUUCUUAGGCAUUCAUUCAGUUACAUUUUGUUGUUAAUUCUCUCUUAACUUGACUAAGGUGUCAAUUUCGGAAACUUUUUUUGACUUGAUAGAAUUAUAAAGGCACGUAAUGCCAACCUCUGAUAUACAUAAUAAAUAUCGAGAAGUUAAAGAAAACUUUGAAAAUUACUUUAAUACAUUCGUCAGUCUGUUACAUCAUGACCAUCCAAAAAGUCUUCAAUUGGCAGAACAACAUUUCCAAAAUGUAACUUCGUAUAAUUUAUCUAGUGGCAAACGAAUUCGAGGAGUGUUAGUUGUCCUUUCGUAUAUGGUGUUCAGCAAUAAAAAUGAAAACUCUAGGAAAAACUUGUCGUGUGCAUAUCUUAUUGGUUGGUGUGUCGAAUUGUUACACGCAGGAUUCCUUGUUUUGGAUGAUAUAAUUGACAAUUCUACACUUAGACGGGGCCAACCGUGUUGGCAUUGUACUCAGAUAGAUUUAAACCGUGGGUUAAUUGGAGUUAAUGAUGGUUUACAUCUGAUUUUAUCAUCGAAAUACUUGAUCCACUCUUUAUUUGCUGAAAAUCAAAGUAAUGUUGAUUCAUAUUCAUGGAAGGACAAAAAUAACGUAUAUCUCAAAUUAUGCAAAUUGUUUGAUGAAAUUAGUUACAAAACGUGUUCUGGCCAAUGCUUGGAUGUACUAUCAGCAAAUCCUAAUAAUCAAUGUAUUUUGAACGGAAAACAGAAUAAUUUGGAGUUUGAUAGUUUUGCUCGAAACUACUCAUCAGAUGUCUUUGAAGCUAUAACACACUGGAAGACGGGUUUUUAUACUUUUUAUCUACCUGUAGCGUGUGGAAUGAUUUUGGCUGAAGUUGAUGAUACAGAUGAUAUUUUCGAAAAUGUUCAAUACAUCCUCCUUAAAUUGGGUAACUACUUUCAAGCCCAGGAUGACUAUUUAGAUUGUUUUGGUGACAGUAAAAUUACUGGAAAAGUUGGGACUGAUAUAGCAGAAGGCAAAUGUACAUGGCUAAUUGUUGAAGCGUUAAAAUACCUUUCACCUGAACAAUAUAAAAUACUUAAAUGUUAUGUCUAUACACAGCAGCUGCAUAUUUAAUAAAUCUCGAUGAGUCUAAACUUGGGAAACUUGAGGUUAAGUAAAAGAAUACGAUGUCUUUAUUCAUUAUUAACAUUAAUUAGUACUGGAAGUAUUCACGUUUAUUACCAAGUCAUUGAACAUCCAAUGGUUUCUUCAUAACUUUGUUUACGGUCGCCUUGUCAGAACGCGAGAUGUGCCCUCAUAUUAUAUUUGAAUUUGGUUCACUUUGACGCACCAAACUGGUCUUUUUUUGUGAAUUUAUGACAAUUUAUUUCCUAGCUGUGUUUGCGUCUGUCUGUUACCCAUAUUCCUCACACCCGUUUCUAAAAGCAAAUCCCUAUGAUCUAUCGAUAACUACAGUGAUCAUUAUUUUGCGUAUUGGUCCAUGUCAGUACAAAACACUUACGUAUAUCCUAAAAUAGUCAUAAUUUUGUUGACAUCGAUAUAUGCAUAAUGAGAUUGCGACUGCUAUUCCCAAGACAUAUUCUAUGAGUAUGUGAUAUUUGGCCAAUGUCUAGUUUUGUUCCAACUGUUUCUCUUAUUCGUUCCUACUUUUAUGGAUAGCAUUUUAUUAGUUUCUUUUUUAAAUUUACUUCUGAACUAGCUGAUGCUUUAUCAAAAUCAUAUGAAAUUAUACUGCUUACCUACACUUAGUCCAUCCAAAAUUGUUGUGUACCGCUUGCAAGUUUUAAUUAAAAUUUUACGGUAACUAUCUUAGUUAGUCAAGUAACUUUAUUUACGCCAUUUUCAAAAUUUUGGUCUUUCCUGUGAUUCAUGUGUCAGGUUGUAUUUUGUAGCUUUUUACGUUCUUAAACACUUCCAUUUCUUAGUUAUUCCCGCACAGGUCACACGGAAUCUUCGUUUUGUCAUACCCUAGUUCGAAUACUUUUAAUGUGUAGAUAAAACUACAAUCUUCAAACAUUCAAAUGAAGUCCUUUAGUAAAUUUAAGGAACUAUAGUCGAAAAUCUUUUUAUGCUAUGUGGUCUAUUAUUGAAUAUUGUAAAUUUACCAUAUUUUAUUCCAUUCCUAUGUUCUUCGUCAAUAUUCACGAACCAAUAUACUUCUAAUUUAACCAAUCACCUUAUGUUAUUGAAUACCUGGAUUGUAUGUUUUCAGUCUUUCAUGAUGUUAAUGCCUGUACAUGAACAAAAAACAACUAUCCAUCACUAAUUUCUGAAUGAAAAUGAUAAGAAUCUAGUCAUCACUCCGUUCAUCUUGGUAUUCGUAUACUUUUAUACUGGUACGAAUAUUGGAAAAGUUGUAAAUGUUGGAACCAGUUUUCCAAUCAUUACUUAUAUUUUUAUUGUUGCAUUUGUAUAUUCCCCUUAUUGUGAUCUCCCAGUAGACCUAGUAACCAUUGUUUUGAAUCCUCCCGUUUCUCAAUUAUUAUCAAUUAAUUAUGCAUUAUUAACCUUGCUCUCUGCCAUUUACGGCAUGAUUGUGCUUAAAAUAUAAUCUCUUAUUUUUUGUGCUGUAUGGUCAGGCAUUUCAAGUAUAUUAUUGAGUGAGUUUUGAGUGAUAAUUGAAUUGAGCACAAUAGAUAAUAAAUCUACUUUCUAUACGCGUCUCCUAAUUGGCUACUGGGUUAGAUGGAGCUCGACGGUCAAUAAGCAUUGAGGUCUUGGGUGUUGUUCAUUAGUCAGUGUGUCUUGGUAAUUAUUAAGUCACCUGUCCUAUUGGGAAUAUGGGUGAACUAAUCUGUAAUCGGAAUUUUGAUUGGGCAGUAUAACACAUAUUAUCGAUUCAUAAUAUAUGCCACCAGUUAUUCAGUUGUCAAGAUUUAGUCAAAUGCUUGGGUUUUGACGUAUACAAGUAGUAUUGUCAAAUCAUAGAUGAAAUGUUGGUGUUGUGUUGUGUGAUGCGGCAAAUAAGCAACGUUUAUUAUUGCUUAGACCAUUAUUUUUAUUUUAUUUUAUUAAAUUUACAUGGCAGAACUGAAUUUAUUUUGUUUUACUGACUGUCAAAAUUGUGUAUUUAAUCAUCUUAUAUACAUGUUUCUAACUGUAGACAAAUUAUGGUAAACCCGAUCUUAAGUCGCAACAGACUGUUCGCAAUCUCUAUGGUGCGAUCAAAUUACCAGAGAAGUAUUACUUGUACGAAGAACAAACUAAAUCAGAGAUUAUGAAUAACAUUCAGAAGUUUAUGUACCGUGAUCACUUUUCUUUUGAUCCUAGGGAUUUGUUUACUUUUCUUGUCGAAUUACUUUUUCAACGUGUUUGUUAAAGUGCCAUGAAAAUAUUUCAUAUUUUUCCCAUACUGUUUCGUCAAUUUUCUUUAAUUACGUCUUUUCUAUCUCAGUUCUCUUCCUCCAUUUCUUCUUAGUUCUACAAUUCAGUCUUUACUUUUAUCGUUAUGACAAUUUUAUUUAAAGAAUUCCCCUUCUUACAUAAUUAUGGUGCAUUUAAGUCUUCGUCAACAUAAUUUUGUCUAAAAUAUUUGUUUGUUUUCUUAAAAUACUGACUUUAACAGCUUAGUAUUAUAUAUAAUUAUAUUUCCGAAUUUAUUUAUGUAUUUGAACACGUAAAUAUUGCUACAAAAGGAUACCGAAUACAUAUGCGCC